AUGAAGUCGAGGCCUGCCAAUGCCUGGACAGAACGCAAAGCAUUAUAUGGACAAAAUGACUAUAUAGACAUUUUGGGAUCAGGUGAUCUUCAUCCUGUAAAGACAUUAUAUACAGUUCCUUCGUGGAUCAAAGGAGUCAGUGGGAAAGAAUAUCAUAUACUACUUAGGAAGAAAAAGAUGUGGUCCAAGACUGGUUCUCCUGCAGUCAGACCAACCAAGUGGAAAGAACUUGAAAAGCGACUGGGAUACUUGUACAGAACACUUAACAGGAAAACUAAAACGGGUCCAUCGCCAGAUUAAAUUCGCUUUUAAUAAUAUUAUUUUAUUAUUAGUAUCAUUUCAUUGUAAUGUUUAUAAUAUUAGAAAAUAAAUUUAAAUCGUAGUAAAUCUAUUUGUUAUUAUAACUAG